AAUAUAUACCUAUAUGUGCUAAGAGACUGGAAGAGUGAAAUUGGAUAGUGUUGAAAAAUAUUCAGUCGCCAAGUAGCCCCCAUUCAAAUCAGUUGUGUUUGCAUCGAAGAGCAGCACAAGCUUGCAAACAUACCAAUUUCUUUUUUUUUUCAUUUAACCCAUUUUCGUUGUGUCUAUUCUCUCCAUUUUGUUUUUGGUGUUUUUGGUUUUUUCGGUCGUCCAAAAUCAUAUGUCCCGUUCGAACUCAUCCCGUUCAAAUUUUCCUUCGAUAUUCUGCGAAAUUGCGUCAAAAUUCUAAAUAAGGAAAAAAAACGGAAAAAAUAUCGACAAUAUCAAAGCGAAAUCUUCAUUUUACAUCCGUCUACGGAAAAAUAAAGGGCAAUCCGUGAUACAUACUGAAGAAAGCGUUACCUUUUGGUCAUACAUACAUAUAUAUGUGUUGAGCUAUAAAUUGAUAUAGAACCAGUGUACUUAAAAUUGAGUGUCUUUCGCCAGUAGCGAGACACACAUAGCAAUAAAUGUUCAAUAGCAUCGUAAUUGAUUUUUAAGGGCCUGUGUGUUGUGACUUAAGCAUACCAAUCGUUCAUAUCAAACGUCAAUAUCGGAACGAUUUUAUUUACAUAUUUGCUGCUUUUACCUUCAAUAUUCAUCGCUAAAGAAAAUACGCUUUUCAGUAGUACCAAACAUAAUAUAUAUCAAAACAGUCUGUGAAAAAAGCAAUGCGACAUAAUCCCUUUUGAUGCGGUUGAUUUGUCAUUUGAACCAUUUUUUCGUAAACUUCGUGUGAAAUAAAUUCUAAAAAGACACAAAAACAAAUAACACGUAACGAGAAUAAAAAAAAGAGAAUAUCAACAUAAUUGAAUUUCAUUAAAACAAACCGUAACAAAAAUGUGGUCACCUGACUGUGAAAUAAACUCAAUAGCAAUGACAACGGUUCGGAAUUCCUUGUCGGUUUCAUCAGGUAUUUCAUCGUUAUCGACCCUGACUGAUCCGGAACGACUACCAGAAAUGCCGCCGGGCGAGGAGCAGCGAGUGCAACGUGCCGCCCUUCACCUACAACAGAAGCUCAUUCUACGACAAUGGCUAAAGGAUAAUCGACUGGAACAUCAUUAUACGAGAUUAUUGUCCUUAGAGGUGUCAUCUCUGGAGGAUGUCUAUUGGUUAGAAGACUCCCAAGCAAGUAAAGUGCUUGGAAAGGAUGCGGAUUUGUGGUCGAAAGUGCGGCAGAAGCUACCAACGUCGAAAUCACAGCUGGAGAUAAUGAAAUCGGAUUUAUGGUCGACCAUCGUAAAGUCAAGCUCACAUCAAGAUGCAUGGGCAUUUGGCGAUGUACUUGUCUGUGCAAUGUCAUUUGCCGGUCUUGUUACGUUGGCCGCUGUCACGCAACCACAAUUGGCUCCCGAAGCGCGUAAUUCAUUGCUGCAGUAUGUGACUGGCAAGUACUUGAUGCCAUCCAAUUGUAAGGUCAUCUGGGAUUGGAUUGAUCCACAUGUCGUCGGCGACACUAUGAUUUUCACUGUGCGAUUCUUUCAGCGCAACGGUAAACCUUACCCGAUUUGUGAUACGGAUAGCUUCUUUGUCGAAGUUACUGAAGGAACACGAAAGGUGAUGGUUCUCAGCGAACUCGGAUCCGAGUCCAAUCCGAACAAUGCCAAUGUGGCAAAAGUCAAGUUUACCGUUCGGACUGCCGGUCAGUAUAAAAUAUCUGUGAUGAUUGGUUCGAGCCAUAUUGCCGGUAGCCCGUUUGUGCGUAACUUUCUGCCAGGCCCAAUAGAUGCAACCAAAUCCCGACUAGUUCGACCGGCAAAUACCGUCGUUUGUUGUGCAAGCGCUGCUACCCUACUCUAUAUUGAGCCACGCGAUGAAUUCGGUAACGGUUGCACAUUCAAACGGGAAAUAGAUGCCAUUCGAGAUUUUCAAGUGAAAGUGUUCGAUUUGAACGAUGUGAGAGAUGAAAAACUAAGCGACGCUAUUAUUUUGUCGUAUGACAAAGUAAAUAUGCGCAUUUCCGUUACCAUGCUCUUUCCGGAGCCCAUUUGUGUCAAAGCUUGCAUUACAUUCAAAGGCCGGAAAAUUCCGAACGGUGAAUUUGAAAUCAUUGUGUUGAGUAGCAGUGACACAACACUCGUGCAUAAGAACAUUUCCAAACGGAACAUUUGCUACGAAGCCAAACUAAUGAACGUAUUUUCACAGCAAAAAUCCAAGCCACGAAAAGUUGUCUGUUAUAUUGGCCCGAAGCAGAUUACCAUUAAGGAGAGAAUAUUGAAAAUCAUUCCAAAGCGCAUUGCAACAUUUCGUCUUUGCCCUUCCACUAAAUUCAUUUUUAUGCCAACAUCGAAUCUGAAUCAAUACGGUCCGGUGUUCAUCAUUGACGAUGGAUGCCAACCAAAAAUUGAGAUUGCAUCGAAAGAUCGAAACAUCAUUGCGGCCACAUUCACUCAUUUCUUGCUGAAAAAUAUUGGCGGGUCAGAGACAUUCAAGGAUAAACAGGACUUUUUCUAUCACGAGGUUCGGAAAUAUCAUUCAAACUUUUAUCAUGAAAAGCUUUCGCUGAAAGUAAAUCGCGAAAAAAUCCUUGAGUCCAGUAUGAAGGCAACAAAAGGAUUUUCGGUAUCGGAUUGGUGCGGAAAUUUUGAAGUAACAUUCCAAGGAGAGCAAGGCAUUGAUUGGGGUGGUCUUCGACGUGAAUGGUUUGAGCUGAUUUGUUGUGCAUUAUUCGACCCACGCGGUGGCCUGUUCUGUAGCUUCCAUGAUAAACGCCAGGCGCUUGUUCACCCGAAUUCCAAUCGACCAGCGUCUCUCAAACUCAAAUACUUUGAGUUUGCUGGGAAGAUCGUCGGAAAAUGCCUUUAUGAAAGUGCAUUGGGUGGAUCGUAUCGGCAAAUGAUUCGUGCUCGUUUCACCCGAAGUUUUCUGGCUCAGUUAAUCGGUUUGCGAGUGCAUUAUAAAUACUUUGAGCAAGAUGAUCCGGAUCUCUACCUUUCCAAAGUCAAGUACAUUCUAGAAACGGAUUUGGAUGCCAGUGACAAUUUGGAAUUGUAUUUCGUUGAAGAUGUCUACGACACAAGCGGCCAGUUGGUCAAAACCAUUGAACUCAUACCAAAUGGUUCGAAAGUGCGUGUUACUAACGAAACAAAGAAUCAGUAUUUGGAUGCAUUAGCACAGCAACGUCUUUGUAACAAUGUGCGUGAUGAAGUGGACAGCUUUUUGAAGGGUCUGAACGGAAUCAUUCCAGACAAUUUGUUAAGCAUAUUCGAUGAGAAUGAGCUAGAGCUAUUGCUUUGCGGUACUGGUGAAUACUCAAUAACUGAUUUUCGAAUGCAUCACAUUGCAAACGGCAAUUCGGCCGAAUUUCGCAAAGUCCUUGGCUGGUUUUGGACGGCAGUCAGUAAUUUCAAUCAAACGGAAAUGGCUCGUUUACUUCAAUUCACCACGGGGUGCAGUCAAUUACCACCCGCUGGUUUUCAAGAAUUAAGUCCGAAGUUUCAAAUCACAGCCGCACCCACAUUCGGUAAUCUACCUACCGCUCAUACAUGCUUCAAUCAAUUAUGCUUGCCCGACUACGAGAAGUACGAAUAUUUCGAAAAAUCGUUGCUCAUUGCAAUCAGCGAAGGCACCGAAGGUUUUGGCAUGGUUUAACUUUGAUCCGUUCUAGUAAUAUGCGCAAGAAUUACUUGCCAAGAAAGUAGUGCUGUAGUGCCACCAAUAGGGUAGGACCGCGUCCGUUUCUACAUUAUUUUCUCAAGCAAUGCAGUCAAUUCUCAAUUCUCAAUUAAAAACACAUAACGUUUUCGGCUCGAUGCGGUCGCCAUUGAGCGAAAGCCACCACAUUAAAAUCUACAAUGUAGAGACACGUAAAUUUAUAUUUUGAUCUCCUCCGUAGCACAAACACUCGAAUUAAUAAAUAUCAUUAAACAGCGGUGAUAAAAUCAAACAGUAGUCAUUAAGCCAUAGCAACUAGGAAAUGCAAACGAGUAUUGAAAAGAAUGUAUUUUUAUUUGUUAACAAUUCACUGAAGUUUCAAAAUGUGUCUCAAAUCAAUAAAAAGAGCACAAUUUGAAUUUGUUGAAAUGGAUCUUAAAUAAAGUAUAUUUUGAAAAGAAGAAAAAACUAACGAUGCAAACGAAA